CUCGCUUGUUUUCCAGUGUUGUCUUUUGCUUUAAGUGGCUGUGUGCGGUUCUCCCCCUGUAGUCAUGCUCGGUCGCUAUGCUGCGGCUGGAAUGGAUGGAUCACGUCAUACAGUCUCGUUCAUGGUUGUGCUGCGUCAUAUCUCUGUGGCGCUCAGCGCUGCGAUGGCUGCGGUGGGAACCGCGCUGUUCCUCACCCUCAAUCUCUUCUACAAGAGGCGAAUGUGGACCCUAGAGUCAGAGUACUACACCAUCAGUGAGGAGCAGGAAGAGCGCAGUGAAAAGCAGGUGCUUGUGCUCGGUUUGGAUGGUGCUGGUAAGAGCAGUGUUCUGCAGGGGCUGAGCGGAGCGAGAAGGUGCUGCCGACCCACACGAGGCUUUAACUUCAUUAGCCUACACACACCUGCGUGCCAGCUGGACUUUCUGGAAAUUGGAGGAGGCGAGGACUUGAGAAAGUACUGGGAGGAUUACCUAAAGAGAACGCACAUCUUGGUGUACGUGGUUGACUCCUCUGAUAGAGGUCGACUCCCUCAGGCCAAAGAUGAGCUCCAUCGAUUAUUGAAAGCAGGAAUGGAUCUUCCGGGGGGUGUGCUGGGAAACAAGCAGGACAAACCGAAUGUGUGCAGUGUCCCGGAGCUCCGUGAGGCUCUGUCUCUCAACUCAGUGGACCAUCAGAAGAAGAUUUUCCUGCUAGGAUCUGAUGGAUUGAGCAAAACCAGCAGUCACCAAAAGUUACAGGAUCUGCUUCUGACACUGGUGUAAAGCCACACAACCGUGUAGGGUUCUUUAGGAAGGGGACCUUCAUUACAGAGCGUUUAAGGUAGAGCUUUUGCCUCGUACGAAGAGGCACUAUCAUGACAUGUUACUUCCUCCGAGGAGUUGAGAAAGUAUUUCGUAUAACAAGCGCUGUGCUGCAGGCAUUAUUGCUGCUAGUGUCCAAUAGCACAUUAUUAUUGUUGUUUACAUCAUUUUAAUCAGUAUUAUAGACUAUAUUAAGUAUGUAAUGUAGAAAUAUAUUUCAUGAAACAAAGUCAAAAGCUGAAAUGAUAGAAAUUCCAAGGAAUGUUUAAUAAUGUACAGGGACAAAAUCUAUUAUUUUGUAUAAAGAUUAACAUUGUUAUAUUGUUCUUUGCAUUUGUGUAAAUUGCAGCUAUACAUAGCAAUAUUUGCUGUACUGAAUAGAACUUACAAAUCAUUUAUUCACAAAAUUUGUGGAUUUGUGAUAUUGUAUGAUCUAGACAUUUUGUGAGAUUCUCUCAAAUGAUUAAUUUUACACAAAUGUCUUCAUAACUAAUGAUUUGGGCUUCAAAUAUACGAUUGUUUUUGAAGUUGUAGAAAAUAAGGCCUCUUUACUUGAAUAUGGUUUGGUUAUGAA